AUGACUGAACGUGUGGCAGUUGGACUUCCUACAGGUCCCAGCUCAGGGCCUCUGACAGAUGCACAAUGGCAGGUUAUGAUGGCUAUUAUGGACACCAUCAUUGCUCCCUGUCCUGAGAGCGCGAUACCUGUUGGCCAGAAGGGUGCUCUACUUACCAAUUGCGAUGACUCUACACUCAAGGCUUUUCUCGACGAAAAACCUUCAGAUAUGCCACUUUUUCAGGAAAUCUUGAAGAGACUGUUGGCCAAUCUCCAUGCUGAUAAACUGUCUGCGAUCGGUACAGUAUGCUCACUUCUCGGGAAUCGAGCUGCUGUCCUCCCCCUUACUGGUUACUUCACAUUAUUCUGUGAUCUGUCUCCCCAAGACCGAACAUUAGUACUCAACUCUUGGCAAACGAGCUCUCUAGCUACCUUUCGCGUCCUCUUCAAACAACUCUCAAUCAUCGGAAAGCAUGUUUAUCUCCGAUCAAGUACGCUUUUCAAUGAGGUCGUUGGCUUCCCAUCCAUUCCUACUGGAUGGCAUCCGGUCGAAUCAUACCCCUUCGAGUUCAUGCAGUUCAACGACUCGGAAACGCAUGUUCAACUAGAAACUGAUGUUGUAAUUGUGGGCUCUGGCUGUGGUGCAGGAGUCGUCGCAAGGACUAUGGCCAUGGCAGGCCAUCGCGUUUUGGUGGUGGAUAAAGGACAACAUUUUGAAACCUCAUCGCUGCCCCUCGACCAAAGCGCAGGAUACUUCCACCUUUUCGAGGGGGGAGGUCUAGUAUCCUCUGAAGACGGGUCUAUCUCUACACUUGCAGGGUCAUGCUUUGGUGGAGGCGGAACGGUUAACUGGAGCGCGUGCUUACAGCCCCAGAACACAGUCCGAGAUGAGUGGGCAGACCAAAGAGGUCUCAGCUUCUUCAAAUCCGCCAAGUUCCAAGAACAUCUUGAUUCAGUCUGUGAGCGCAUGGGCGUCAGCAACGAGCCUAUCAACCAUAACCACGGAAAUAAUGUUUUGCUAGAGGGCGGGCGUAGACUUGGAUAUAGCGCUAAGCAGGUCCCCCAGAACACAGGCCAUGGCGAGCAUUUGGAUGGAUAUUGUUCCAUGGGCUGCUGGAAGGGUCAGAAGCAGGGACCUGUCAAUGGGUGGCUGCCAGAUGCCGCCAGGUGCGGAGCAAAGUUCAUUUCAGGCUUUUACGUCAACAAAGUCCUUUUUAAGAAGCGUGCUGGCAAGAAUAUCGCCACUGGUGUGACUGGAACCUGGAGGCCAAAAGACGGCUCAGAUACCUCGACCAGAGCGCUAACGAUCAGCGCGAAGAGAGUUGUGAUAUCAGCGGGCAGUCUUUGUAGUCCUAUCGUCUUGAAGAACAGUGGACUCAAGAACAAGCAUAUCGGACGCAACCUCCAUCUACACCCAACAUCAUUCGUGUCAGCAAUAUUUGAACAAGAGACACGGCCAUGGGAAGGCGGAAUUCUCACCUCUGUGGUAUCGAGCUUCGAUAACGUUGAUGGAAAUGGCCAUGGUGUGAGGCUCGAGCGUCCUGCGAUGAUGCCUUCUAUGUGUCUUACAUGGUGUAACUGGAAAUCAGGGUCUGAAUAUAAAGCUAUGAUAUCCAAGUACAGACACAUGGAAGCAUACAUUGCUAUUACUCGAGAUCGUGACAGCGGCCAUGUUACAGCAGAUCCUAUAAAUGGCACACCUCGACUGGUCUACACUCCCUCCAAGUUCGAUGCCAGCAACAACAUGAAGGGCAUGCUUGGCUUGGCAAAGAUUCUCUAUGUACAAGGCGCCUUGGAGAUACACCCCAUACUUCCCGGUCUUGAGCCAUUUAUCCGUGAGCCGGAGAGUCUGAAAAAUGGUGUUGAUAGCUCUUCAGGAGUCACGGAUGCGAAGUUUUCACAAUGGUUAAAGAAAAUGGAAGCUCAUGGGAACAAGACACCAGAUACGCCUUAUGGAUCUGCUCACCAGAUGGGCACGUGUCGAAUGAGCACCAAGGAAUCUGACGGCGUUGUGGAUGAGUUUGGAAGGGUCUGGGGCUGUGAGAAUCUGAUCGUCGCGGAUGCGAGUGUCUUUCCGAGUGCGAGUGGUGUUAAUCCUAUGGUCACUACCAUGGCGAUCUCUGAACACAUUGCCUUGGCCAUGGCCGAAGAGUUUGCUCGGGAUACCCAGGAGCGCCCCAGGUUGUAG